AUGGCUGCAGAAUUCCUCUUUCUCUUAUCCACAAUCCCUGUUGUUUUAUCAGCUAUCGUCCCAUUGCCGAACCCUCCAAAUCCUAUUCCAGAGCCUCCAACGGUGGACACCUUUCCAUCUCUGACAUCUGAAAAACAAACGCCGAUAGCUCUCGAUAUCACGUCAUCAGCUGAUCAACAAGAAAACGAAAGAAAAGUGUCAAGAAAUAGAGUCAGACUGCACUCUCAUAAUUCGAAAAUUUCAAAAUUAUCAAGAACGCGAGAAGUGGAGGUUUUAAGUGAGAAAUGCAACGACGAUGAGCUACAACAGAUUAUGCAAGAUGCAAUGACUCCCAGUUUGAGCACUUCCAAAAUGGUCAUAUCAGAACGAGCCGCCCGAGAUUUUGGGGCAAAUUUUGAUGUUAUUUGUGCUAGAGGACACUUUUCGUACUACGUGGAAGCAGAGUCUUAUUGUGAAGUCACACUGAACGACAUCACCUGUCUUGCCUUCAAGCCAACAUCUGAAAAUUCUGAAUCCAAACAAGAAACCACCGAUUUUGCAAAUAUCAGAGAGCAACUAAAUGGAAAACUGCGAGAAAAGGGAGAGGAUGAGGCGAAACUAAACCGAUAA